GCCAGAAUGUCUGUUAAAUGGAUUUCGCUUCUCCUCCUGCUAGAGCUGGGUUGUUACUUCAGUUGUGGCAGUUGUGGAAAGGUGUUGGUGUGGCCCAUGGAAUACAGCCAUUGGAUCAACAUAAAGACAAUCCUGGAUGAGCUUGUGAAGAGAGGUCAUGAAGUAACUGUUCUUACAUCGAAAGCUUCUAUUCUUGUUGAUCCUACAAAACCAGCUUCUUUUAAUUUUGAAAUUUACCCAACACAAUAUCCUAAAGGUCAUAUGGAAUCCACUAUCCAAAGAGUCCUUGAGGAAUGGAUAUACAAGAUGCCAAAAAAUUCAUUUUGGUCUUAUUAUUCAAAACUGCAAGAUAUGAUUUGUGAAUCUUAUACUGUAGUUAGAAAUCAUUGUAAAGAUCUAGUUCUGAACAAGAAGCUAAUGAAAAAAUUACAAGAAACAAAGUUUGAUGUCGUCUUUGCAGAUGCUAUUGGACCCUGUGGUGAGCUUCUGGCUGAAAUACUUGAAAUCCCUUUAGUGUACAGUCUCCGCUUCUCUACCGGAUCUGGACUUGAAAAGUAUAGUGGAGGACUUCCCCUCCCACCAUCCUAUGUACCUGUUGUCCUGUCUGAAUUAAGCGACCGAAUGACAUUCAUGGAAAGGGUUAAAAAUAUGAUUCAUGUGCUUUAUUUUGACUUUUGGUUCCAGACAGUAUGUGACAAUCAAUGGGAUAAGUUUUAUAGUGAAGUACUAGGAAAACCCACUUCAAUAUCUAAGCAGAUGAGCAAAGCCGAUUUCUGGCUCAUUAGAACAUUCUGGGAUUUUCAGUUUCCUCACCCAAUCUUACCAAAUUUUGAGUUUGUUGGAGGACUACACUGCAAACCUGCCAAACCCCUGCCCAAGGACAUGGAGGAGUUUGUCCAGAGCUCUGGAGAAAAUGGUGUUGUGGUGUUUACUCUGGGGUCAAUGGUCAGUAACAUGCCCGAGGAGAGAGCCAAUGUGAUUGCAUCAGCUCUUGCCCAGAUUCCACAAAAGGUUAUAUGGAGAUUUGAUAGCAAGACGCCAGAUACUUUAGGGGCAAAUACUAGGCUAUAUAAGUGGAUCCCCCAGAAUGACCUUCUUGGUCAUCCCAAAACCAAAGCUUUCAUCACUCAUGGUGGGACCAACGGCAUCUAUGAGGCAAUUUACCACGGGGUGCCUAUGGUGGGCAUUCCCCUGUUUGCGGAUCAGCCCGAUAACAUCGCUCAUAUGCAGGCCAAGGGGGCAGCUGUCAGGGUGGACUUUGAAACAAUGUCAAGCUCAGAUUUGCUCAAUGCAUUGAAGACAGUCAUCAAUGAUCCUUCGUAUAAGGAGAAUGCCAUGAAACUAAGGGCAAUUCAACGAGAUCAGCCAGUGAAGCCUCUGGACAGGGCGGCCUUCUGGAUCGAGUUCGUCAUGCGCCACAAAGGAGCCAAACACCUGCGGCCCGCCUCCCACGACCUCAACCUGCUCCAGUACCACUCUCUGGACGUGAUCGGCUUCCUGCUGGCCUGCGUGGUAGCUGCCCUGUGGCUCAUCACCAAAUGCUGCCUGUGCUGUUGUCGGGUGUUUUCUAAAGCAAGGAAGAAGGAAAAGAGGCACUAGUUGCAUUGAGGCCCGAAGCUGUUCUCUCUUAUAGAGAGGACACCUCCAGUUUGUUUCAGAGAGAAGAGGGUGCGGGUUUCUUUUCACUGGUGACAAAAUUAUUCUCAUGUUAAGUUGUUAUGUCAAACUUUGCUUUCAAACUAUUUCCCUCCAUUUGAGGUCAGAAAUAUGUGAUUUUAAGAAAAAAGAAACAGCAUUCAAUAAGUGAAAAUAAA